UGGAAACAGGAAAUAUGUCCGUUCGCGCAACUUUAUUGAGGUCAUUGACGCAGAGACAGAGGCUGCAGCCCGAGGCAACGGUGCACCAUGGGAGUUGUAUCCCGGGGUGACGUUUCAUAUGCUCGAGGACCUCCCAUGCAUCGGAUGCCUUAUGUCACCUCUCCGUAUGAUCGCCCAGCCUGGAACCCGCGAUUCUGCGUCAUCUCUGGAAACCAGCUUCUUAUGCUCGAUGAGGAUGAGGUUCACCCGCUGUUGAUACGUGAGAGGAGAAGCGAUUCAGCAAGAAAUAAAUUCCUGAGGCGCACUGUCAGCGUCCCCGUGGAGGGGAAAUACCCUGACGAAAACGAUUAUCAAAUUGCACGUUCCCGGAGGAAAAGUGUCCCAGGGGGGAAGCAGAACAGCAUGGAUGCUCCUCCCACUGCGCCCUUCCGACCGUCGCAGGGUUUCCUGAGUCGUCGGUUAAAGAGCUCCAUAAAAAGGACAAAGAGUCAGCCCAAACUGGACCGAACCAGCAGCUUCAGGCAGAUCCUCCCACGAUUUCGGAGUGCUGACCAUGAUAGGGCACGUCUCAUGCAGGCGUUUAAAGAGUCGCACUCCCACGAGUCUCUUCUCAGUCCUAGCAGUGCAGCUGAAGCUUUGGACUUGAAUCUCGAUGAAGAUUCGGUGGUGAAACCUGUACACAGCAGCAUCCUUGGACAGGAGUUCUGUUUUGAGGUGACCACGGCAUCAGGUACCAAGUGCUUUGCCUGCCGAUCGGCUGCAGAAAGAGACAAAUGGAUUGAGAACUUGCAGAGAGCCGUCAAGCCCAACAAGGAUAACAGCCGACGGGUGGAUAAUGUCCUUAAGCUGUGGAUCAUCGAAGCUCGUGACCUUCCCCCCAAAAAGCGCUAUUACUGCGAGCUGUGUUUGGAUGACAUUUUGUAUGCCCGUACCACCAGCAAGGCCCGGGGGGAGACCGUGUUUUGGGGAGAGCACUUUGAGUUUAAUAACCUGCCAGCUGUUCGGAACCUACGUCUACACCUCUACAAGGACACGGACAAGAAACGGCGCAAAGAGAAGAGCAAUUAUGUGGGCAUGGUGAAUGUGCCCAUUGCAAGCAUCAGCGGACGCCACUUUGUGGAGCAGUGGUACCCGGUCUCCCAACCAACCUCGUACAAGGGCAAGAAUAGCUGUCCCUCCAUACGCCUAAAAUCCCGAUACCAAACUAUGAGCAUCCUCCCCAUGGAGCUGUACAAGGAGUUUGCGGAGUAUGUCACCAACAACUACCGGAUGUUGUGUGCUGUGCUGGAGCCGGUGCUAAGUGUAAAGAGUAAAGAGGAGGUGGCCUGUGCACUGGUGCAUAUAUUACAAAGCACGGGGAAGGCCAAGGAUUUUCUUUCAGACAUGGCUAUGACAGAGGUGGAUCGCUUCCUUGACAGAGAGCACCUUAUUCUCCGUGAGAACACACUUGCAACUAAAGCCAUAGAGGAGUAUCUGAAACUGAUAGGACAGAGAUACCUCAAGGAAGCCAUCGGUGAGUUUAUUCGGGCUCUGUAUGAGUCAGAGGAGGACUGCGAGGUUGACCCAAUGCGUUGUCCGCCCUCUGCACUGCCCGAUCACCAGGCCAAUCUCAGGAUGUGCUGUGAACUCGCACUUUGCAAAGUCUUCAACUCCCAUUGUGUUUUCCCCCGGGAGUUGAAGGAGGUCUUUGCAUCCUGGAGGAUGCGCUGUGCAGAGCGCGGACGGGAAGACAUAGCAGAUCGACUCAUCAGUGCCUCACUCUUCCUUCGCUUCCUGUGUCCGGCCAUCAUGUCCCCCAGCCUCUUCAGCCUGAUGCAGGAAUACCCUGAUGAGCAAACAUCUAGGACCCUCACACUCAUCGCUAAGGUCAUCCAGAACCUGGCCAACUUCAACUUCAACAGGUUCAGCAGUAAGGAAGAGCACAUGUCCUUUAUGAAUGAAUUUCUGGAGACGGAGUUGGCCAAUAUGCAGAAUUUCCUGUAUGAGAUCUCCAACAUGGAUACACUCACCAACAGCAGCAGUUUUGAGGGCUACAUCGACCUUGGGCGAGAGUUGAGCACUCUGCAUGCCCUGCUCUGGGAGGUGAUUCCCCAGCUCAGCAAGGAUGCCCUAGUAAAGUUGGGUCCUCUUCCACGCCUUCUCAAUGACAUCAGUCUUGCUCUCAGGAACCCCCACAUCCAGAGACAACCGAGCCACCAAGAGAGGCUUCCACCCCCCAAACCCGUCAUCUUGAGGGGGCCAUCAGCUGAGCUGCAAAACUAUCUGGUGCGAGACCUCAACAGUUCCAUUGACAUGACCCGCCUGCCCUCCCCAACGAAGGAUAAGUCCUCCAAGGAUAUGUUCUUUGUCUCACGUCGCCCCCUCACCCGCUCUUCACCUGCCUAUUGCACCAGCAGCUCGGACAUUACAGAACCAGACCAAAAGAUGCUGAGCGUCAACAAGAGCGUGUCCAUGUUAGACUUGCAGGAUAGCCGCAUGAACAGUGUGUCCAACCUGCAGGCUGUAGGGGACAUGCUUAAUUCCAGCCAGGCCUCCAUAUCCGGUGGACUACGCCCGGGGGGCCGGCUCUCCCAGGGCAGUGGAUCCAGCAUUGCAGCCGGUCUACGGCUCAGUCAGAUGGGGGUCACCACCGACGGUCUAUCAGCUCAGCAACUGCGCAUUCCCUUGUCCUUCCAGAACCCGCUCUUCCACAUGGCCCCUGAUGGUCCCACUGGCCCUCCCCCUCACCCGCCUCCUCACCGGCCGGACCCUGGAGUGGAUGCCUUUGCCCCUUUCCACGGAUACAGCAAGAGUGAGGACUUGAGCUCUGGGAAGCACAUGCUGCACAGUCACAGCUACAGCGAUGAUUUCAGCCGGCAGGGGUCAGAGUUCAGCAAAAGGCAGCUCUCCCUCCAGGACAAUCUCCAGCACAUGCUCUCCCCUCCUCAAAUCACCAUCGGGCCCGGGGUACCACGGAGGCAGGAUUCUCAGCCUCCACCCCUCCACAGGGGCAAAUCCCAGCAGCUCACUGUGCAAGCAGCCCAUAAACCCCGACCCAGCAGCGGCAACCUGCUACAAAGCCCAGAACCCAUGUAUGGAGCAGGGAGAGUUAGGCAACAGUCAGUUGAAAAGGACGCAGGGGGCCUUAAACCCACCAUAACCAAGCAGCAUUCGCACACACAAGCCACCCUGAACCCCGUCACUCCAGCCUCCGAACGCACAGUCGCUUGGGUGUCUAACAUGCCUCAUCUCUCCGCUGACAUCGAGAGCUCUCAUAUAGAACGAGAGGAGUACAAACUGAAGGAAUACUCUAAAUCCAUGGACGAAAGUCGUCUUGAGAGGGUUAAGGAGUACGAAGAGGAGAUUUACUCCCUAAAAGAACGACUGGUGAUGUCAAAUCGUAAGCUGGAGGAAUACGAGAGGCGUCUUCUCACCCAAGAAGAACAAACUAACAAAAUGCUGCAGCAAUAUCAGUCUCGUCUGGAGAUGAGUGAGAAGCGGCUGCGACAGCAGCAGAUGGAGAAGGACACGCAGAUUAAAAGCAUCAUAAACAGGUUAGAAAUGGUUGAUGCUGGUGGAGGAGGAGAUCAGGAAGGACCACACGCAAGAACCCUUCGAUAUGAAGAGGAGACUUAUCGAGGCUCAGAGUCUGUGUCACAGACCUGGCAUCGGCGGGAGCGGCUGAUUGCCGAGGGAAGUCCACCGAGAGCCAGAGAUUACCCCUACUCCACUAUGCCCCAGCCCCACCGAUUAUCUCGGCUUCACCUGCAGGAAACAGGAGAAGAAGUUUCCCUCCGUGGGUGCAGCAGACCCGCGUCUGAGGCUGGCGACACCAUGGAAUGGGGCCCUUCCACCUCUGCCUCCUCGACUCCAAAUCACAGAAAAUGGAGACUUUCUAAACUCAAGUGACCAUCACUAAGCGGAGCUGAGGGGUCUAUCAAUGAGCCUGGGUGGGAGGAGGGGAGAUUGGGAUUUCCCCACUGAGGCAUCUGUCAAGGAGCCUAAGGGGGCGGGGGGCUGGGAUCCUCCUUUCCUCCACGACUCUGACCCCCUCCCUCUGUGCCGACCAGACCUGCGGCCGACAAUCUGUGUGACCCCAAACACACGAGAAGUGGAGAGGAGAGAGAGAAGGGGACAUCGCACUGAACUAUUCCUAACCAUGUAAACCUGACUCCUAUUUUACCUUGGUCCAUUCCUUUUUUGCCCCCACUCCCGAAACGUUCUUAAUUUCCUCUAUUUGCUUUUUCUACCCCAUACCCCACAUUUUCCCUCUCCACGCCCUCUGUCCCAGGUCUGAGGCCCUGGGAUUCGCACUGACAGAUCUGCACUGUAGGGGACAACCACCAUCUACAACACACCUAUUUCAAGUUUUAAACCCCACCCUACCUGCUCUCCUCCACAUUGACCCUUCACCCAUAGUGUAAUAUUCCUCUUAUAAUUCACUUUAUUUUACCACCCCUUUAUUUAUCCUCCCCAUCAAUCUCCCCGUAUCCUCCCACUUUUCUAUUCUGUGCGAACUAAGCAAACUCACUGAGCCAAUUGUCUGAGACCACUCCUGUCACAUGGCAAAUAGAAUGAGGAGACAAUUUGGAAAUAAGUAUAAGAGAAUUAAAAUGAGAUGUUUAUGAGAAGAUUAUGUACAUAUAUCUAUAGAUCUAUGCAUAUAUGGAAAUAUAGAUAAAUAUAUAUAGAGCUAAAGAUCAGGUCUUGAAUGAAUGUAAAGAAUAAAAAAAUCUAUGGUAAUGAGCAAGAGGAAGCAGAAAGAGACAAUUUAAAAAGAUGGGUGAAGGACCCCUGGUGCUAUAGAGUUAAAUUAUGAAGCUGUCAUGAAAUGGUGGGAUGACUGGCCUUUCAACACAGAAGCAGCUUGCAGGAGUCAUGGAAGUCUGAAGGCUCCAUAAAUCGGUGGUUUAAAGGAGUUAGCAAUGGCUAUGGUCUCAAAAUAAAACAACAAAAAACUUUUAGGAGCAAGGGCUGACUGGUCUUUCCAGAACAAAGCAGCUUGCAGUAGCAUUGGAUAACGAAUUGUCUUUGAGAAAGACAAUCCUGAAGAUGUGAGAAAGGUGUUGUGGACUACAAAGCAGCUGAUUGCAUGGGUAGCUGAGAAAGUAGAAUGAUUGUGGUCUCCAGACCCCACAGAUAGAGAAAGAUAUGGGUAAGGGAGCUCCAGAAAUAAGCAUCUUACAAAGGCGAGGAAUGCUGUGGAUCCAGAUAGGUCUUUAGGAUGGGGGAAUGGCUGGGACUACAAAAACUUAUUGGAAUAACUGUGGGAUCUGCAAUGCAACUGGCUAGAAGAACCGUGGAUUCCUGGAGGCUCUAUAAAGAAGCAGUGUGUAGCAGUGAAGAUGGUUGAGUGAUCUACCUUAGUGAGGGAGGGCUGGAGGCACCACAAAGAAGCAGCCUACAGGAAUAAAGAAUGUCUAGAGGCUACAGAAAGGAGCAGUUUAAGGGAAUAAAGAAUGUCUGGAGACUCCAGAAAGAUGCAGUUUAUGGAAGUAAGGAAUUACUAAGGGAGCUAGAAAGAAGCACUUUAUAUGUGGUGGUGGCUUGGGCUUCAUAAAUCAGUGGCUUGUAGUACUGAGGCAUAACUGACCAUUUCAGAAAGUAGAUGAUUUUUGAAGUGAUGGUUGGAGGUCCAGAAUGGUUUACAGGAAUGAAUGAUUAGUGAUUUCUGAAUGAAGCUACUUGCAGGAGUGGGAGAUUGUGAAUACUAGCUGGUAAUACAGGUAUAUUGUGCAUUUUACCUCCUUAAAUGGGCAGCUGAUCUGGGAGACUAAAGAUCACUCUAUUCAUAUUAUUAUUAUCAUUAUUAUUAUUAUUGAACUCUAUUUAUUUCUUUAAAUCUGUCAAUCUGCGUGGAGCCGAACGAGUGAUAUGAGUCUCUCGCCCAAAGAGCUUACAGUCUAACUCCGCUUCCUGUGACACGGGGAGAUUAUUAAUAACUUGGCCUCAAAGGUCGCAUGGAACUUGCGGUUGGAUGGGGAGGGAGGCUGGAAGGGGGUAGUUCCACUCAUAUCAGAGGUUGGUGCCAUAACCCGAGGGACCCUCUUCACCCUGGUGACAGGAGCUGCUGGUCCCGAAAUGAAUGUGUCAGUAAAGAUAUUCUGAUUGUAUUUGGUUCUUUUUGACGUUCUGUGUAA